CGAUAAGUAAUCUAAUCCUGUAUCUCCGCUCAACAUGGUCCUCAUCCUCGUCCCUUCAGAAAUUCCCGAUGUCAAUAUAUUGACUGAGAGUCGAGGUUUCGCCAUUGAGGGAUCAUAUACAUAUAUAUGCUUGAACUAUUUUAUAAUACACACUGAUAUAUUAUUAUUUGAAUAAUAAUCAAGAUUUUCAAACUUUGAAAAUAUAAUCAGUUAACAAUAAAAAUUUCUUAUGCAAGUAACUAAAUGGCGAACAAUGGAUCAUUCAAUUUUAAGUGAAAUUAGGAAUCCUUAGGUGAACGUUUAAAGAGAUCAUCCCCAUUUUUAGAGACGAGAAAGUUUACAAUUAGAUCUUCCUAUAUCUGCGGCAAAGUAACGAAAUACGCGACGCCUGUGUGUAGAAAAAUACAUAGAGAUACAUAAGGAAUCGCAAUUGACUUGUAAACGUAUGGCGAGCACGAAGCGUCGAAGUUUUUUGUCAAAAGAGAUGAAUAUGUAUAUGCGUAUACGUAGAUGCGUAUACGUAUAUGAAUAUAUAUAUAUAUAUCGACGAAUACGUAGUCAGUCUUGAUAUAUAUAUAUUUUGUAUAUAGCUAUAUAUAUAUAUGUCUACGUAUACGAAUCUCAGCCGGUGAAAUGAUCGCUGGGUGUCCAUGGAAACGUGAACGGGGUUCCGCCUCCGCAAUUCUAGGGCCAACCCUGGCGACGCCGAGCGUCGUGACGCCCGCCAAUGCGACGCGACCGACCCUGGAAACCCACCCCAGGUUCGAUUCACCUAGAGGGUGUGAGUUCACGUUCAAUCGCAGGUUGACUGACUGAUAGGGGCUAAAUGGUGCCAGUGUCUUACAGAGAUCUAGCGGAUGCUAACACGUGUCAAAUUUUUGGAAAGAGUGCAAAAAGCUUUGUGAAAAAUAUUACAAGCUCGUGUAUCUAUGGUUGAUUUAUACGGAUUGAGCUUCGUCAUUUUUUGACGGCAGGAUCCCUGUAGUCAAAAUAUGUGUGAAGAGGAAUAUAUUGUUACUGGAUGAAUCUGGUGUGUUUUGAUGAAUUUUGUGAAUUUACGAAAAAACCAGUUUUCGAAUGAUUUAAUUAGAAAUUUUUUAUGGGUAGAACGAACUAAACGUUAUAUGACAUUGAUUUUGUAAUUUUUUUUCAAAUUAAUCAACAUAAAUUUCAUGUAUUCAAGUGGUUUCAAAAUUCAUCACAAUUUUUUUUUAAUCGCAUCGAGUUUCAUUCAACGCGAAAACUUUGUCUGCUUUACAAAAUUACUCUCGAGACUGGGAAGCAGUUAAGGUUUUGUAAAAAGUGUAUAAUCCUUAACCAGUACGACGGGAUUGAUAAAAGUGUAAACGUUCAAGUGUAUACGAAUAAAUAUAAAGUUUGAAAUCAUUAGGACUAUCGAGUGCAAUAAAUUGUAUAAAGUAUCACCGAUGAAAUCUGAUUUGGGUGAAACUAAUAAUUUCGCAAAUACGCAUCCUGAUGUCAAUUGUCGUUUGAGACGUAAUAAAGAAGACCCCUAAAUUCCUAUCAGAUAAGUAUAAUUGGGGCACGUGAAAAAAGUGGAAAAAAUGGCAAUAAAAACGAUGCCGAAGCUCGUAAAAAAGUAAUACAGUUGGACGCUAUUAAUUUUGAAAUAUUAAAAAAUAUACAAGAUGCAGUCCACCUGUCCGCAACAGCAGCAGCAACCGCAAAACGGGACAUCAGCCAGUAGAACUUCUUUCCUAAUUGAAGAUAUUCUCAGCCGAAGUAGUGUCCCUCCACAUGCCCAGCAUCAGCUUCACCAUCAACUGACACCUUCUCACGUUCAGCAACAUCAGCAAUAUCAGCAAUUCGCAAGUUUGCUACCUGGUUAUUCCUCUGGCCCGCCAGCAGCUGCCUUCUUCCUGGGGCCGCUUUUCAGCAGUGCAGGAAUGGGUGUAGGUGUCGGGGUGGUCCCUGGAGUAAGUGAGCUUGCAGCCCUUAAACACUGCCGACGGCGGAAAGCCAGAACCGUCUUCAGUGAUCAACAAUUGGCUGGCUUGGAGGCAAGGUUCGAAGCUCAGAGGUAUCUGAGUACACCCGAGAGGGUGGAGCUUGCAGCUGCGUUACACCUCUCCGAGACCCAAGUGAAGACCUGGUUUCAAAAUCGACGUAUGAAGCACAAGAAGCAACUGCGUAAGCUCAAGACCAGCACAGACGGUAGUGCAAAUCAAAAUGCUAAUCAACAACGCUGUACUGGGCAAGGAGUUUCCGUGAGCUCACCAGCCGAAAGACCUGUGGACUUUUCAUUGAGCGGCGGUCGCGAGUCGCGGGCGAGUAGCGACGCACCCGUUGAUUCCGAGGAAGAUGAGAUCGAUGUCCUGGGUGAUGAGACUCCGUCACCUACGCAGACACUACAUAUUUCUAGGAGAAGUUCACCGCCACCUACACCCUUUCUACAAUCAUCUCACCCGCAUCCUGUUGGCAUUACGCAUCAACCCCAUCAGCCACUUCAACGCCAGCAACAUCGCUGAGACUCUUGUGAAG